CGGAACCAUCUGUGAGUUCGUCUUCAUAUCUGGUCGGAACCUUCAUUGGGAACACCGGAAUCGCGCUCUCUCGGCUGGGGUCGCUGUGAAACAUGCCUAAGUUUUACUGUGACUACUGUGACACCUAUCUCACACAUGAUUCGCCGUCGGUGAGGAAGACCCACUGCAGUGGCCGAAAACACAAAGAAAAUGUGAAAGAUUACUACCAGAAAUGGAUGGAGGAGCAGGCUCAGAGCCUGAUUGAUAAAACAACGGCCGCGUUUCAGCAGGGAAAGAUUCCUCCCACACCGUUCCCUGGUGGCCCUCCCCCAGGUGGUCCUCCUCGUCCAGGUAUGCUGCCAACACCCCCCAUGGGAGGUCCUCCAAUGAUGCCCAUGAUGGGACCUCCACCUCAUGGGAUGAUGCCCGGUGGGCCUGGAGGCAUGAGGCCACCAAUGGGAGGACCCAUGCAGAUGAUGCCAGGACCGCCACACAUGAUGCGUCACCCUCGACCAAUGAUGAUGCCAGUGAGGCCGGGCAUGAUGCGACCGGACAGAUAAGGCGAAGUGGAUUCUCUGCAUAUGUUUUUUUUUUUUUUUUAUUGCCAUGAACAGACACUGUCUAGUGAAGACAAUUGGUUAAAGUCUUGGAUUUAUCAGUGCAAAUUUUUAACAUCUAGUCAACUUCUGUCCAACCUGGAACAUAAGUCCCUGAUUGUAAUUAUGCCACUUUUGUAUAAUUGCUUGUAUGUUCUGGUAUUUAUUACUCUUCACCUCAUUUGAAUUAAUUUCAUAUCCCUUAUGUCUUCUCUAGCAUACUGUUCAGCCCACACACUGAAAGAGUGUGUUUGAUUUGACGAUAUUUGUUACUAUAUUUUUCCUGUGUUUUUAGGUUCCAAAUGUUUUUUUUUGCAUUGGUUUGAAAAAAUAAAACGGUGAUUUAAACUGG